CUCAAAUUGCUCUGGGCAUCAGGACUUGAGAGGACCUGUGUCUCAAAGAUGCAUCUCUCUGAAAACAGUCUUAUUUGUUUCCUUGGAACAAAAUGUUUUCUUCCAGGAAAGAUCCUGAGACUUCAGCACGAUGUCUUACCAACAGCAGCAGUGCAAGCAGCCCUGCCAGCCUCCUCCUGUGUGCCCACCCCCAAAGUGCCCAGAGCCUUGUCCUCCUCCAAAGUGUCCAGAGCCUUGUCCUCCCCCCAAAUGCCCAGAGCCUUGUCCUCCUCCAAUUUGUCCAGAGCCUUGUCUUCCUCCCAAAUACCCAGAACCUUGUCCUCCCCAGCCAUGCCAGCAGAAAUACCCUCCUGUACAACCUCCUCCUCCCUGCCAGCAGAAGUGUCCAUCCAAGAGCAAGUGAGUGCUUCAACAGUCAUGAGGACCAAGAAAAGACGUGGAAAUCUACCUGUUACACUUCCUUAGAAACACUCCCUUCCUCCCAUCAAAGCCUGUCAUGGAUGCAGAAGAAUCUUCUCCACCCUUCACCCUCCAUGUGUCUGUGGUCACCUGAAGGGGAAGGCAUUCUUCCGAGAUUGUGCUGCUGUGAAGGGGCUUCUGAGAAUGAUCCUUCCUCACUGUUUCAGUGUCCCAGAUGCUCAGAGUGAAGAGCAGCAGCUUUCCACCCUGUGCACUCAGAGGAUGUUUCCAUAACUGUCAAUAACCUUACCUGGAUUGUUUUCACUGUGGUUUCAUUUCCUGAAUAAAGUACAAUCUGGUUGAUAGCA